AUGGUGUGUAAUGGGAUGGUUAAAACAAGAAGACAGAGCAGCAUUCCCAUGUUGGCCGUGGCAGCAGCAGCAUCUCUGGAGCCUCCAGCGGACACUGAGCUCAGGAAUAGUCACCAGGAUUCCCUAAAAGUAAUCGAGGAGCCACAGGAACCUGUCUCUCCAGAGACCAUGGAAAGCGUCCAGGGGAAGAAAAUCACAGGAGAAGCUGCAUCCGAGGAGCGUUUAUCAGUGGUUCAGAGUGGAGAUCUCAGUGAACUAGAGGACAUAAAGAAACUCAGUUCAGGUUCCACUGGAUAUGCGACAGAUCACCGAAUCAGCAGUAGAACCUCAGCAUCUGUCUUGCUGUCUGAAGAGCCAAGCCACUUCCGCCCCAUCUACAGGGGAGCCUCAGCCGCCUUCUGUAUUCAGCUGUUCUGUAUUGAUGAGAAGCAUGAAGCCAGGUCGCUGGAUUUUAUGAAUUUUGUUUUCAGACUUUUUCCUGACAAGACCUUCUGCAUCAUCUCCCUGCCCCACCUCACCCCUGAGUUCACCCUCAUCACCCCUGGAUAUCACCCUCUCCUAUCACAGAGGGAGGGCCCCAACUGGGGUAUGGCCACUUGGCAAGCACAGGGCCUUUGCUAG